GAGGGGGGAGAGGAGGGCUCGGAUUUAACCCUUUCUUUGCUGUUGGGUUUUCCUUCCAAAGUACUUUUGUUGCACGUGUGUUUUCCCUGCUUGCGCUGACCUUUUCGAAAUAAGGAACGUGGGGAAGGUGGGCCUGGCAGGAGAGGAAAGAAUCGCAGGAAGAGAUGCCCGUCGUGAUCGGCUUUGAGGGCAGCGCCAACAAGAUCGGAAUUGGGAUUGUAAGGGAUGGGGAGGUGCUGAGCAAUCCCCGAAGGACCUACGUAACCCCUCCAGGACAAGGUUUCCUUCCAGGCGACACGGCACGCCAUCACCGUUCUUGUGUCCUUACUGUGUUGCGUGAAGCCCUGGAAGAGGCUGGAUUGAAAUCUCAGGACAUAGAUGCAGUGGCUUUCACCAAAGGUCCAGGGAUGGGUGCUCCACUAGUAACCGUGGCUAUUGUGGCCAGAACAGUGGCCCAGUUGUGGGGGAAGCCACUUCUGGGAGUGAAUCAUUGUGUCGGACACAUUGAGAUGGGGCGGCUUGUGACCAGUGCGAAGAACCCAACAGUGUUGUACGUCAGUGGUGGAAACACUCAGGUCAUUGCCUACUCUGAACAUCGCUAUCGUAUAUUUGGGGAAACUAUAGACAUUGCUGUGGGAAACUGCCUGGACCGUUUCGCUCGAGUGUUGAAGAUCUCAAAUGAUCCCAGUCCAGGCUACAACAUUGAACAGAUGGCCAAGAAGGGUCAAAAGUUGGUUGAGCUUCCCUAUACAGUGAAAGGCAUGGACGUGUCCUUCUCUGGGAUUCUGUCCCACAUAGAGGAUGUGGCUCACAGAAUGCUGUCUGCAGGAGAAUGCACUCCAGAGGACCUCUGCUUCUCUCUACAGGAAACCCUCUUUGCAAUGCUGGUGGAGAUCACCGAACGGGCCAUGGCGCACACGGGCUCCAGCGAGGCAUUAAUUGUGGGCGGCGUUGGCUGUAACGAGCGACUUCAAGAGAUGAUGGGGAUCAUGUGCAAAGAGAGAGGGGCUCAACUCUUUGCAACUGAUGAAAGGUUCUGCAUUGACAACGGUGCCAUGAUCGCACAAGCUGGUUGGGAAAUGUUUCGGUCCGGCCAAAUCACAGCGCUUGAAGAUUCAUGGAUUACGCAAAGGUAUCGUACAGACGAAGUGGAGGUAACGUGGCGAGACUAAGGGUUUCCCUUUGCCUGAAAAUCUUCUCCGGUUUGGAAGCCAUGAAGUGAAGGCAAGUGGAAGGCUCAAGAGAUACACUUUUUUUAAAAAAAACAACAACAUACACAAUCACUUUUUUGGCCCAAAAUAAAUGAUUUGAUUUUGUAGGAAGGGCUCUACAGUGUGUCUAUGCUGGGUCUAUUGAGAAGAAAAGUGGGCACUUUUGAGCAACACAGCACAUCCAGGAGCUGAGGCAGUUCACUAGUUUUUGCUUGUGAGUCUUCAUAUCUGCUGAUUUCAAUUUUCUUUCCCCCUGCAAAAGCCACCUUGUCUUCCGGUGUGGACAGAACCUUCCAUCUCAGCCAUAAUUAUAUAGGUCAUGAGCUCAACUGACUGGUGACGCUGAAAUAUUUGGGUUUCUUUUAAUUUACCAGGAAGCAAAGGGUUAAGAGGCAAAGUGGGUGUCCCUUUUUAGCAAGAUUUCAGUCAUUUUUAAGGGGUGCAAUGGAUGCCGAAGCAGCUGAAAAGCUCUGUCUCUAGGACCCCUCAAAAUGAUCUGAAACUUGAACCUAUUUGGGAAUCUGCAAAUGAGCUACAUGCUGCCCUUAAAGUAGGCGUUGGGUAACUAUGGCCCUUUACGACCUGCGGACUUCAACUCCCAGAAUUCCUGAUCCAGCACGGCCGACAACGUCUAUGGAGAUUCUCAGUCAUCCAGGUCAUGGUUGUCCCAAAGAUGCUUUUUCAAGAGACCAAUAAGACUUUCUGGUUUUUCUUUUGAAGAUGUUUCGCUUCCUAUCCAAGAAGUUUCUUCAACUCUGACUGGAUGGAGAGAAAUGGAAGGAUUUAUACUCCUUUGCAGUACAAAUGACCAUGUCGUGUCCCACUCCUCCGCUGACGGCCGGGUCAGGGAAAUCCGAAUCAAGCUUGCCUCUGCAGCUCUGCCAAAGUCCUGGCAAAGUCCUCAGAGCAGGCAGGACACCAGUAAGUGACUUCAGCAAGAUCAGUUCGACUUUUGCCUGACUCAGAGACUGCCAGAAAGCAGAUCCUUUAUAUAGGCCAUGGGGUGUGGCUCCAUGACUCAGCACUCAUUAAGGCCUGCCCCUCCCUUCCUUCUGUUGCCUCCGCCUAUCCAAUCUUCUGAUGCGAGGAUCACUCCAAUCAGCUGUUGGUAAUAAACCCUCCUCAGGCUCACAUGCUGUGGAGGAGGGGGAGGGGUCCAGCUGCUCCGUUUGCCUGGGCAUGGAGUCAGGGCUGGGGCUGGGAGGUGCUCCUUCUUCUGUAGUUUGUCUGGGCAUGGAGCCAGGACUGGGGCCGGGAGGCAUACAUUCCUCCGUGUUCGGGAGCAGAUAAGAAGGCCCCGGCUGCUCUGAGGGCGGGCAAGACACA